AUGUCAAAGAGAAACGAACCAGAGACUGACAAUGGAGUUAACCCAGAGGAGCACGUUGUAAAGAAGGUGAAGGAGUCGGCUGCCUCAACACCUGCCCAAGAGAAGAUGGAGUUGAUCAAGAAGGAGUUGGACGUCAAGUCAUGGCCUGCUGAGAUCUCAAUCCAGGAGCUUAUCACCUCGCUCUUGGACAAGAGUGACAGAGAUGCAUUCUUUGUUGCUGACAUUGGAGUGAUCAUUAGACAGUGGCAAAAGUGGAAGAGACAUCUGCCAAGUGUCACUCCAUACUACGCCGUCAAGUGCAACCCAACCAUGGGUAUCUUGAAGGUUUUGGAGGCCUUGGGCUCAAGCUUCGAUUGUGCCAGUCGCAAUGAGAUCGAGUCUGUCAUGUCCCUCGGUGUCGACCCAUCUCGCAUCAUCUAUGCUAACCCAUGCAAGCAGAUCAGUGCUCUCAAGUUUGCUCGUGCUCACAAUGUUAGAUUGAUGACAUUCGACAAUGUCAGCGAGAUGGAGAAGAUCGAGAAGUACUUCCCAGAGGCUGAGUUGGUGCUCAGAAUUGCACCAGACGACAGCAAGUCUCUGAUGAGAUUCGGAACCAAGUUUGGUGUGCACAUCGAUGACUGUGCCGACCUCUUGGAGAUGGCAAAGGAGAUGAACCUCAAGGUGGUUGGCGUCAGCUUCCACGUUGGCAGUGGCUGCUUCGACGCCAUCGCCUACGAUGAUGCCCUCACCAUGGUGAAGAAGGUGUUCGACAUGGCCAAGGAGCACGGCAUGGACUUGAAGUUGGUCGACAUUGGUGGCGGUUUCUCUGGCUCCAACGACGAGCUGCUUACCAAGUUCACAGAGGUCAUCCGCAAGAAGACCGCCGAGCUCUUUGCCCCAGACGUCAGAAUCAUCGCCGAGCCAGGCAGAUACUUUGCCGCCAUGUCCCACACACUCGCCGUCACUGUCAUCUCCAAGCGUAUCAUCAAGCAGGAGGACAACCGCCAGCACCCACGCCGUACCUCGAACAACAUGCGUCAGUACAACUACUACCUGGCCGAUGGUGUCUACGGCUCCUUCAACAACAUUCAGUUCGACCACGCCAAGCCCACCCCCGUGCUCUUGAAGCCUUCGACCAAGGCCCCAACUCCCUGCACACUCUUUGGACCAACCUGCGACUCUGUCGAUGUCAUCUCGCGUGACGUCCAGAUCCCCGAGCUCAAGAUUGGCGACUGGCUCUACUUCCCAGACAUGGGAGCCUACACCACCGCCUCGGCCAGCUCCUUCAACGGUUUCGUCCCACCCCCAGUUUACUACUACUGUUCGCAUGUUGAUCCAGACUAUUAA